UGUGGUCGACGUUGUUGCCAUGAAGUUGCCGACAAGUUUCUACCCACUUCUCUAUUAUUAUUUAUUUGCGAUGCGUAUUGAUCUAUAAUUGGACCUUUCUUCCUCUUCUUCAUCAUCAUCUCCUGCCAUGGCCUUUCAAUUAGGAGCUUCUUCAUCUUCUUUACCAUCAUCUCCUUCCAUCCAUCCAAAGAAUCAUGAUGUAUUCUUGAGCUUUAGAGGUAAAGAUGUUCGCCACAAGUUUAUUUCUCAUCUAAACCGAGCUUUACGUCAAAGUGGAAUCAAGACUUAUAUGGAUGGUGUCAACCUUGAGAGAGGAGAGCAAAUUUCAUCAGAAGUUUUUAAAGCUAUUGAAGAGUCAAGAAUUUCGAUCAUUGUAUUUUCUAAAAAUUAUGCAGAAUCCAAAUGGUGCUUAGACGAGCUAUUGAAGAUUCUUGAAUGCAAAAAAACAUUCAAACAAAUUGUUUUACCGAUAUUCUAUGAGAUAAAACCAUCAGACGUACGAGAUCAAAAAGGAGGCCUUGGACAAGCAUUCACUAAACUUGGAAAGAAAAUCAAGGAUGACAUAAAGUUGCUGGAGUAUUGGAAGGAAGCUUUAGAAGAAGUAGCCAAAUUGUCUGGGUUGGAAUAUACAGCGUUCGGGGAUGAUGAGUCAGAAUUUAUCCAAAAGUACAUCAUUGGGUGGAUCAACUCAAGAAUAGUAAACCAAACACCUCUAAGCGUUGCCAUGUAUCCAGUUGGGAUAGAUUGUCGUAAACGAGACAUUUAUCAGCAUCUAAGUAUUGAAAGGAAUGAUAUUAUACGUAUUGUAGGGAUAUUCGGAACUGGUGGAAUUGGUAAGACAACUAUUUCAAAAGAUAUUUAUAACCAGAUUUACUCUCAAUUUGAAGGAAGUUGUUUCUUGAGUAAUAUUAGAGAAAUUUCAAAACAAGCAGGAGGUCUGAUUCAGCUGCAAAAUACCCUUCUUUUUGAUAUUUUAGGAACAAGUUUGGAUGUUCGUGAUACUGACAAAGGAAUCAAUGUGAUUAAGCACAGACUUUGCUCUAAAAGGGUUCUACUAAUUCUUGAUGAUGUGGAUGAGGUUGUCCAAAUUGAAAAAUUAGUUGGAGAUCGUAGUUGGUUUGGUUUGGGAAGUAGAAUUAUCGUGACAACAAGAGAUCAACAAUUACUAAAAAUCUCUGAAGUUGAUUCAGAAUACGAGUUGAAGCUCUUGGGUGACAAUGAAGCUCUUCGACUCUUUAGCUUGCAUGCUUUCAAGAAAGAUGAACCAUUUGAUGAGUAUGUGGACCUCGCUAAACAAAUAAUACAAUAUGCUAAGGGCCUUCCAUUGGCUUUAGCAGUGCUAGGUUCGGAUCUAAAGGGUAAAAGUACACAUCAAUGGAAGAGUGCAUUGAAUAAGUAUAAAAACAUUCCCAAUAGAAAUAUUCAGAAAGUAUGUUUAGUGAGUUAUGAAGGAUUAGAUAAUAAUGAGAAGGAAAUGUUCCUUGAUAUUGCCUGUUUCUUCAAAGGAAAACCUUUGCCAGAUAUCAUGAACAUAUUUGACAGUUGUGGUUUUUUUCCAAAUGAUGGUAUCGAUAGGCUUAAAGACAAGUGUCUUAUUACUAUUGAAGGUGGGUUUGUUUGGAUGCAUGACUUGCUACAAGAUAUGGGUCGAGAAAUUGUUCGUCUAGAAUCACCCAACGAACCUGGUCAGCGUAGUAGAUUGUUUUUUCAUGAAGAUGUCCGUCAUGUGUUGGAAGAAAGCAUGUACCAGGGCACAAACAAAGUUGCAGGCAUGAUAAUAGAAAUGCCCAAAGGCGAGGAAGUGAUAAGCUUGAAUUCCGAAGCAUUUGUACAGAUGAAAAGACUUAGAGUGCUUAUCAAUCGCAAUGCAAGUUUUUCAAGUGGACCUAAUUAUCUCUCCAAUGAAUUAAGAGUACUUGAUUGGUUUGAAUAUCCGCUACAAUCUUUGCCACCCAAUUUCCAUGGAAAUAAACUCAUUAUCUUUAAAAUGCGUGGUGGCUUCAUCAGGGAGUUAAGCUUCAUCAAGUUUAAGAAUAUGACAAUUAUGAAAUUCAGUGACUGUGAUUUCUUAACAAAAGUUCCAGAUGUUUCAAGCAUCCCAAAUUUGAAGGAAUUGAUUGCCAAAAGGUGUACAAAUUUAGUUGAGGUGCAUAAUUCCAUUGGAUCCCUGGAGUAUCUUUGUAAAUUGAAUUUUUUUGGAUGCUCUAACCUUGAAAUUUUUCCAAUUAGCCUCAAGUUGAGAUCUUUACGUAGCCUUGAUCUUGGUCAUUGCUCAAGCUUUCGUAGCUUUCCUGAAGUUGGGUGUGAAAUGAAAUCUUUAACUAGAUUAAUUCUAUCGUCCACUGCAGUGGAAGAACUACCGUUAUCAAUUGGCAAUCUUACUAAACUUGAUGAAUUAUUUCUACAUGGCUGCAAAAACCUUAAGCGUCUCCCAAUUAACAUUAUUCUUCAGUUGCAACAUUUCGAAAGUCUUGGGAUAUUUGGUGGUUGUACAAAUCGAGUAAAGAAGAUGGGGUAUGAUGGACAAUCCAUUCUAGCUAUUGGGUCUACAACAAUGGAAGACGAGAUUUCAUGGAAUGAAGAAAAACUCCAAGAAUUGGAGCCUCCAACGAAUUCAAGCAAUGGAAGCAAUGCAUUACAAGUGUUGAAUCGUCAGAAUUGUUUCCAAUCAGAAUCAAAUUUCUUUCCAAUAUCAAGUUUCUUUACCAUGUUUGAUUCUUCGACCACUUUGACUUAUUUAGAUCUAUCGGGAAGUGAAUUUGUUAGCCUUCCCACCAGCAUAAAAGGAUUUGUUGCACUUAUUGAGCUCGACUUGAGAGAUUGCACAAAACUUGAAGAAAUCUUAGAACUUCCACCAAAUAUAGAAUUGGUAGAUGCUAAGGGAUGCAAUUCGUUAGAAAGAUUUCCAGAAGUGUCAAGAAUAUUGGAAUUCAAUGGAAGCCACAUCAAAUCACUACAAGGAAUUGUCUUGAAUGGCUGCGACAAAAUGCAUGAGAAGAUUUGGAAUUAUAAAGUGCCAAAUCCAUCACUAUGGAAGGGACAUGCCACUGUGUUACCGAAACAUGAGAUUCCAGAGUGGUUAUGGUAUCAGAAAGAAUUUUUAGAAAAUGAAAUUGCUAAGAGAGAGGAUGAUGAUGUCCAAUUGAAAGGAAAUGAAGAAUGGGUAAUAAAUAUUGAAGGGCCACACCAUUUGGAGGAUAUAAGCGGAAUUGUAAUAUAUCUCGUUACAUUUUUUAAAGAAGAUUACAAUAGUGAGUAUUUUGUUCCUAAUGUUGAGAUAACCAGUAUGAGCUCAAAUUGUGUAUGCCGUAUUGAUAGAGAAGAACGUCUACAUUUGUAUGGUCAUGAUGUAACGAAAAGUAUCAUAGGCCAAUAUGAAGGAUGGAUGUGGUACUCUGAUUUAGAAUCAUUUGAGGUAAAAGUUUUGGACAAAUUGAGGGUUCAAGUUCGUGUUCUUCCCAAUCCUAGCAAUCCUCUUUGGGAACAAUUUUGGUCACGGUAUUAUAUAAGUUUGGGAGCCAAUGUUGUAUACAGAAAUGAAAGCAGAGCACAUAAAAGAAGAAAAAUAGAUUGAAUUAAAUGAUAGCCCAAGUGAAAUUUUAGGUGAGAUUUUCGUUUGUCCUCUCUGGUUUUUAAUUAAGACUUAGUUGAUUUGGUAUUUGCCAUUCAUUUAUUAGCUCAAUGAUUUUACCACUCAUUUAUUUUUGCAUUUUCAAGAAUGGAUAUACCUAUCUUUAUUUUUGCAUUUCUUUUCUAAAUUGAUUAGGGAGUUUGUGUCAGCCCAGAUUGGGGGGUUAUACAGAUGUUCUGGAAGGUACAAAUCGAUCCCUUGUUCCUCAUUUCUUCACAAAAAAUGUAACUUCACAAAUCAAUUUCUCCUGAAGAAUUUUUCUCGAUUAAGAUUGAUGAUGACUGAUCAGCAAAAGCCAAGAAGUAUUUUUGUUUGAUGAUAUUCUUUUCUUUAGUUUCUUAGCCACAUUUGUUUGUUUUCUUUCAUCUUUGGCAUUGCUAAGAGAAUAUAAUAUCCUAGAUGUUAAGGGCCAUCCAAACCGACCAGAAAAUGCAAAUGUUUUUUCUUUUUCCCCUGAUUUUUAUUUUCAGACAGUUCGAUAUUAUGGAGCUAUAUUACUUCAUUGUAGGUCAUUCUUGCAUUAUCCUUAGUCAUUAAAUCACAUUACAUUUUAGUGAUUUAACCAUAAUUACAUUUGCAUGACUUUAAUUCAAAACUUUAGCUUUUUUGUAAUUUGGCUAAGUGAUAUAGUUUGAUGCUUACAUUAAUUUAACUGAUUGUGUUGUUGAGGGUCUAUAUGAUUGGUAAAUCUGUUGGAGAUUAUCGAGAUAAUGCGAGACAGAAUUGGAGUUCCUUAGAAGGUACUUGUGAAAAGAGCUCAUGAUAGUUUGGUGACGCUGACUGUAAUCCCAGAAGAUUCCAAUCCUGAUAUGUGAAAUAUAUUUCUUUCCAGAACAUUGUCUUUUGGUCAUAUAUAAUAUAGAUAUAUAGUUUUCUGAAAGUUGCAAAACAACUGGUGAAUUUCAUUGUUCAAUUUUAAGUCUUUUAGUUUUCCUCACAGCCAGUACAACGAUAAUUUUACCCGACCUGAAUGAGUCAAUUUAUUUUUGUUGGCCGUGGGUUUCAGGCCAAGUCAGGUUGGGGCAAAAAGGGGCUUGGGCAAGCCAAUGUGCAGGCCUACCAGCAACAAGGUCUUGUAGUGAAGCCUCAGAUUCUUGUGGUACCAAGAUUCUUGUGGAACAGAGGAUAUUUGGUAGAUAAGAAUAAACCAAUUAUCUUCUCGAUGGCACAACUUGAUACAGCGAAAAACAUUAUUGAACUGACUAAAUGGUGCAUUAUGCAUAUAACUAACAGUGGCCUCAUCUAAAAUAAACUCUGAAGUAGAAUAUGCUGGUGCAAAAGGGGCUACAAAGGAAGCAAAUAGUGAGAAAAAAGAGUUUCCUCUAAGUUUCUAGUGAAGAUAGACAAGUUUUCUUCAAAAGCUGCGGAGUCCAUCUGGUGUACAGAAUGAAAAGGAAGGGAAAGAUCAACAGAACAGGGGUUCCUCAAUAUUGGCCAUCAAUUUCGAAUUUGGAGGACAAUCUAGCCAGUUUUGGGGAGGAUAUUACAAAUAAUUUGUUGAGAAUAGCCAGUUUUCGGAUCAGGUUUUCAUGUUUAGAACUGAUCAUUGCCAUUUGGUGUUUUUGGUGGGAAUGACAGAGGACGUUCCGUGUGCGAAGGCAGGGGACAGAGCCCCUGAAUCUACAACGGCUUGGCACUAUUGGAAUUCCGAUUUCCAACCCAUUUCCCUACAGCUUUAUGUAGGGUAAGACAACCAUCUGUUUGAGAAAUGAUCAAUUAUUUGGGGAGUCUCUCUCUCUCUCUCUCUCUCUCUCUCUCUCUCUCUCUCUCUCUCUCUGGAGCACCUUUGGUCAGAGAAGCUAGAGUACUACAGAUUUAUAGAGUCGUCUGAAACAGGUGAAGUACAAAAUGGGCAGAAUUUAAGGUUUCAGCUUGAACGUAAUUCCAAUUUCAGUGAAUCAGACAUCUAAAAAAAUCAAAUCACUCCCAACACUAAUUCGUAUAUGUCUUCCCAGUUAUGCAGCCAGGCACAUAGAGCUUCUUUAGCAUUUGACUAAUGAACGAGGUUGUUUAGGGCAACCAAACUAUCUGAGGCACAGUCCCUAGCAUGAGUUGUCCCAAGUGCAAUUUUUUGAGUUGUUGCUUUGGUCUUUAGGGUCUUUUCCUACUUCUACUAACAUGACCAAUACUGAAUUAUACUUCCAUUCAAACUUCGAAGUGUCUGCAAAGCCAAUUUCGUAUAGAUUGCAACCUUUCGCAGUAGUUUUGUCAAUAAACAAAGGUUUUAAGCAUCAAUUUGUUUAGAGAUAUAUAGACUGAAAAAUACUUAGUUAUAAGUUUCAGAAUUAAGGGAGGGGCAAAUUCAAGAAUGGAAAAAAAUAGUUAAAAUGUUUAAUAAUUCAUAUAAAGAAUGAAAAAUGUAAGUAUGAGAAGAGCCUGAGGAAGAAGAAAGGAUACCUUUGACAUGGUAAUCUACUACAGUCAUUUUGUAAUGGAU